AAACUAGCAGCCGCCAUGUUGUGUCUCCGGGGGCCUCGAGGGACGUCCGGUAGUAAACAGUAGAUGACGGUACCGCCUGUUCGGCAGCUCUCAGGAACAGGACCGCAGCUGGACGCUAUGAGUCGUCCAUCUUCAGCCGGAGGUGGGGGACUCGGGGCCGGGAAAGCAGGCGGAGGGAAGCACGGGGGAGCGGGAGGCGCCUCUGUUGCCGCAGCGGCCGCCGGCGUGAGCUCCGUGGCCGGGUCGGGGUCUGCUCCCCCUUCCUCCACCGUGUCCAUGCCGGCUACCGGCCUCGCCGGACAAUCCUCGGAGCUCACGGCGCUAUUCGAGUGCCCGGUAUGCUUCGACUACGUCCUGCCGCCUAUCCUGCAGUGCCAGGCGGGUCACCUGGUCUGUAACCAGUGUCGUCAGAAGCUGAGCUGCUGCCCGACCUGCCGAGGCCCGCUCACCCCGAGCAUCCGGAACCUGGCCAUGGAGAAGGUGGCCUCCACACUGCCGUUCCCCUGCAAGUAUUCGUCAGCCGGCUGCCCGCUGUCUCUUCACCACAGCGAGAAGCCCGAUCACGAGGAGGUGUGCGAGUUCAGGCCGUACACCUGCCCGUGCCCAGGAGCCACCUGCAAGUGGCAUGGCUCGCUGGAGGCCGUCAUGCCUCACCUCAUGCACGCUCACAAGUCCAUCACCACGCUGCAGGGGGAGGACAUCGUUUUCCUGGCAACGGACAUCAAUCUGCCGGGUGCCGUCGACUGGGUGAUGAUGCAGUCGUGUUUCAGCCACCACUUCAUGCUGGUGCUGGAGAAGCAGGAGAAGUAUGAAGGUCACCAGCAGUUCUUUGCUGUCGUGCUGCUCAUCGGCACCCGUAAGCAGGCCGAAAACUUCGCCUAUCGCCUGGAGCUAAACGGCAACCGGCGCCGGCUCACCUGGGAGGCCACGCCGCGCUCCAUCCACGAUGGCGUGGCCGCCGCCAUCAUGAACAGUGACUGCCUGGUCUUUGACACCUCCAUCGCCCAUCUGUUCGCUGACAAUGGUAACCUGGGGAUCAACGUCACCAUCUCCAUGUGCUGACGGAGCCGAGUGGAGCCUCCUGUCGAGGGAGGAGUUAAGGAGGUGCAGAGUGCACCUGCUGACAGCCUCGGUUGGAGUCGUUCGAGGAGUCGGCUCAAAGAGUCAGCAGCUGCCCUUUGACCUCUGUGGUCAGCUAACGAUGGACGUGGGGCAGAACGUCGCCUCGAGCCUCCAACUCUCCUCGAUGGAGGAACGGUCGGAUCUGUUGUUCGACCGCAGCCAGGACGUCUGGCCUGGUUAGAAACUCCCGAGGACUCGGUCCUCAUUGGUGGAAACAAACACUUCUCUCUGCCGAAGCAGCUCCCUCUUCCUGCGUCAGGUUAGUCGGCUUCCUGUCAGGCCGGCGUGUUCACAAUAUUCUGCUCUGCAGUUCUGGUGCUAUGACUUCACGUUCUUCACCAGCAGAGGCCAAAUAACCACGACUGUUACGACAUUCACAGUUAAUGGUUCAGGAAAUGUUCUGACGUUUGCGUUCACGUCUCAUUGUCGUUGUUUUACUGAGAUCCUGAACAGUUUGGUUCAUUAAUAAACGUCAGAGUUCAGCUUCUUUACUGGUUAAUGUGCAGAUUAUUUAUUGUUUUGGGUUUUUGUUGAAAGGAAGUGGAGAAUGUAAAGAUGUUUGCUUUAGUAUCACAUAUAACAAGAAAUCAUCCAGUGUUUAUAGGACAGAGUGCUGAUGUUUUGGAAAGUGAGUCUAAUCUUGUUGCCAGACCAAAAAUAUUCAGGAAAUAUGAUUCAAGGUGAAUUUGACUUAUUACAAUAAUCUCUGUGCACUGAAGGAGUUAUUGGAAACAAUCUCCACGUCCAUGGAGGUGAGGCGUGUGAAAAUGUUUCUGCUGUAAAGUUUUAGUAUGAAAGAGGAUAAAUGUCAUUUUAAGACUGCAAUUUAAAGCAAAAUGAGAAAUUAGACACUUUUAAUCCGAGGAAAAUGUUUGUCUGACUUGUUAGUUUUCUUUGUCACGUGUCAGUAAAUUAAAAACUGUCAUUCUCAUUCUCAUUGGCUGUUUCCUCACACUUUUUUAACCUUUUAGCUUAUUUGAUAAACUCAGUAAAGAAAGGGCAGAGAGAGGAGGGCGGUGGGUCGGGCUCUCAGCUGUGGUUUUAAUAUGUAUAGAAAUAAUCUGCAGGUUAAUCCGUCUGUCGUCAUAAAAAACAGCAGAUGGUUUGAAAAUGAAACAAACUGUGAAAAAGCUCCACAGACCUCGAGUCAGCUGGUGGAAGAAGGAGAAGCAGUUCAGGUAAAGCAGAGUAAUGUGAACACCAAC